AUGGCUGAGAAGUCCAAGUUCAUUGACUACAUCGAUGAGGCCCUGGAGAAAUCCAAAGACACGACCCUCUCCCACCUGCUGUUCAUCCACCAGGGGGUCCACUACCCUGUCACCAUGUGUACCCCCGAGACCUUCCAGGCCUUGGACGCCUUUGAAGCCAGAAGCGAUGACGUGGUGCUGGCAUCCUACCCCAAGUGUGGUUCAAACUGGAUUUUGCACAUCCUUCGUGAAUUAAUAUUUGCUGAUUCUAAAAAAAAGUAUGAUUUUCCAGAAUUCCCAGUUCUUGAGUGUGGGGACCCAGGGAAAUAUCAGAGGAUGAAGCAGUUUCCAUCACCAAGGAUCUUGGCCACGCACCUUCAUUAUGACAAACUCCCAGAGUCCAUUCUCAAGAAUAAAGCCAAGAUACUGGUGAUAUUCCGAAACCCUAAAGAUACCGCAGUCUCCUUUUUCCAUUUCCACAAUGACGUCCCUGAUAUUCCAAGCUACGGCUCCUGGGACGAGUUCUUCAGACAAUUCAUGGGAGGACAAGUUUCUUGGGGAAGCUAUUUUGACUUUGCCAUUAACUGGAACCAGCACCUUCAUGACGACAAUGUGAAGUUCAUAUUAUAUGAAGACCUGAAAGAGAACCUGGCCGCUGGCAUUAAGCAAAUUGCUGAGUUCUUUGGGUUCUCCCUCACCGAGGAGCAGAUCCAGACCAUCUCAGCCCAAAGCACCUUCCAGGCCAUGCAAGCCAAGUCCCAGGAGACACACGGCGCCGUGGGGCCCUUCCUGUUCCGAAAAGGGGAAGUUGGUGACUGGAAGAAUGUCUUCAGUGAAACUCAGAGCCAAGAGAUGGAUGACAAAUUCAAAGAGUGCCUCGCAGACACACCCCUGGGAGCCAAGCUCAAAUAUAACUCUUACUGCCUGGCCUGACUCUAGCCACCCAGCAGACCUGGGUAUUGCAUUCUCUUUACC